ACGGGUACUCGUGUUCCGGCCAGACCCUAAAACACGUUAGACGAACACUGAGACCUGCCGCCGCCGCCGAAGCCACGCCGGCCGCCUCCAUGAAAGGCCGCAGCAGCCACCGCGGGACCGCUCCCACCUCCGCCGCGGCCUCGACUUCCAGCAAGCGCGACCCCGAAGACGAGCCCGUCUCAGACUCCGAGGAAUCGGUCGACGAGGAGGUAAAAGCCCAAGCCCUCGCGUUUUCCUUAACCGCCGCGCGGAUCCGCGGAACCCUCACCGGCGGUGCGUUUGAUCCGCAGCAGGAUGUCUCCUCGUCGUUGGGGUCGGAGUCGGAGUCGGAGAACGACCAGUUAGCGGAGCGGGAGCGGAAGCUGGAGCGCGUGCUCGCCGACGUGCCCUUCGGCGAGCUGCAGCGCGCGCGUGCUGACGGGUCGCUCGCGGCGCGGGGUGUUUCUGCUGCCGCCGCGGCCCAGAAGAAGGCUCGCAGGGAGAGCAGGAAGAGGCCCAUGGAGAUUAGCACGAAUGUGCGGCCGCCUAGACUCAGGGAGGUGAUUCAGGUUCCCAAGAAGGUUGUAAGGGAUCCAAGAUUUGAACCUGUAUAUGGAGCUGUUGAUAAAGAAGGGUUCAGGAAAAGAUACAAUUUCUUAUUCGAUCAUGAUCUGCCUGCAGAAAAAGAGAAACUCCAAAAGUCGAUUAAGAAAUUGAAGGAUCCUAAUGCCAUUGAAGAAGCAAAGAAUCAAAUCACCUGGAUUGAUAAGCAGUUGAGGUCUAAUCCUCAGAAGAACGUUGAAUCAGAAAUUCUGCGUGGACAUAUUAAGAAAGAGAGGGAAGCAGCAAAGGCCGGAAAACGACCAUAUUAUCUGAAGAAAUCUGAAAUUCGUGAAAGGAAGUUGAUGGACAAGUACAAUGAGCUCAAGGAGACGGGAAAGCUUGAUUCCUUUAUGGAGAAGCGACGCAAGAAGAAUGCAUCCAAAGAUCAUCGCUUCAUGCCAUACCGAAGGGAUGGGGGUGGUGCAUAACAAUGCCCCUACAGCCGCUUUUGGGGUGAUUCUGGCUAGCCUAUCCUCUGCUCACAGAGUUGUUGUAGCAGCGCUCUCUACUAUCCUGUUGUUGCCCUAGUGUCCCAGAUAUUUAUCAGCAACCGCGAGUUGAAGCUAACCCAUGGACCAUAUAUUUAUUGUUGAGCUCUGGUUGCUGGCAGCAACAAGCAAUUGUAAACCCAAACCAUGGAGAUAAUAUUUUGUUUCAUCUACUGCUUCAAUUGAUGCCAGUCUUUCUGUGUAAUCAAGGAGUAAAGUACACUUGCUUGUUGCAACUGAACAAUAUAUUCCUUUUGUUAGUUUCCU